GUGUUACAGCGCUGAUAUAUCACCUGUAAAAUUUGGACGGCUAAGAUCUAACGGCCUUUCGUCACCAAUGAUCAAAGCACUCUCUUCCGUCUUCUUUUAAAUUUUUUCAGACGGUAGUCUGAACCGCCGCCGAUCGGACCCGAAUCCCGCGCCGGAGAGAUUUUAGCAGCGGAUGGCCAUGGCGUUAAGUCCGACGAAGCUCGCCUACUUCGACGACAUGUGGACUCUCGAAUCCACUGCCGUUUUUCUCUCGUGCCUCCAGGUGGAGGACGGCCGCCAAGCGGUGAUCUUGGAUUCCACUAUUUUCCACCCUCAGGGCGGUGGGCAGCCGGCCGAUACGGGAUUCAUCACGAGUCCUAGCUCCGAUUUGAAGUUCAUGGUAGAGGACGUGAGAUUGAAAGAUGGAUUGGUUUUCCACUAUGGGUUUUUCAAAGAUGUGCAAGAGGGAUGGGAAUUCAAACUCAAAGAGGGACAAGAAGUCAGCUUGUAUGUCGAUGCCGAAAGGCGUGACCUCAAUUCCAGACUUCAUUCAGCAGGGCAUUUGUUGGAUAUAUGCAUGCACAAUUUAGGCUUAUCUCAUCUCGAGCCUGGGAAAGGUCAUCAUUUUCCUGAUGGGCCAUUUGUUGAGUAUAAGGGCAUAAUCCCACAAGAUCAAUUGCAGACUAAACAAAGAGAGUUGGAAAUAGAAGCAAAUGCAUUAAUUUCUUCUGGUGGGAAGGUGAAAGCUUCUAUGUUACCAUAUGAAGAGGCUUCUAAAUGGUGUGGUGGUGAUCUCCCUAGUUAUAUUUCCAAGAGUAGCACUCCCCGGAUUGUGAAGUUUGGUGACCACCCAGGAGGGCCUUGUGGAGGGACUCAUGUGGCUGACAUUGCAAAUAUUAGGAGCUUGAAGGUUACUCGAAUCCGGAUGAAGAAAGGACUCACUAAAGUAUCCUAUAGCAUCAGUUCCUGAUCAUUUAUCAUCAGCGUAGGCAUAAUAUAUAAAUGUUGGCAAUCUUAAGAGGAUUCUAUAGUACAUCAGAAGGGUCCCAGUUCAAGGGAUAAAUGUAAUCCUUAUCAUUGGAAUGUUGUUUCCAUUGUGAGAAAAAAAAGGAUAUACGAAAGAAUCUAAAAACACACUCAAAAAGGAUAUGAAUGUGUUGCAUUUAUUGAAUCAAAAGCUAUUGAUGACUGUGGUCUAUGUUUCAACUUUUAA